AUGGCGCCAGAUCCGCCACAGCUCCCCACGAAAUUUCCGUGCUGGUGUCGAGCCGUAUACUCCUGGGGUGGAGAAUCGAAAAGAGAUUUGGGUUUUGUGGAAGGCGAUCUGAUCGAAUGUCUCAAUGCCGGCGACGGUUCGUGGUGGAUGGGACGCCUGCGCCGUGAUAAACGAAUGAUGGGACUCUUUCCUUCGAACUUUGUCACCGUACUUGGUGAAGAUUUUGUUCCUGUCCAUCGAUCUACCACAGAUGCAUUGGAACGAACCAACAGCGGCCCCUCGGUCACCCCUCAGAAGCAGAAGACCGUCUUCAGGAAGCCGUUUCAAGCACACAAAAAGGCCAUGGGCCCUGGUGAAGCCCAUCGCUUAGCCAAGGAAAGAGCAUCAGAGACUCCGUCAAAUUCCCCUUCAAGAGAAAAUACACCCCCUCGUCCAAAUAUUCCUCAGCGACCACCACGGACUCCGACGACCGCUGUUCGGACUCGCAGCUCGCUGGCUAAGUCAACUACUCGCCCAGUUUCUCCAGCGCCACAAGAGUAUAGCCGCCCGCGAGAGCAAGCUCGUGCACCGUCACCAGCUCCUCCGCCCAAUCAACAUUCUGUUUCACGGUCACCGUCCUAUACAUCGCCGACGCCGCCGCCCCCGAUGCCCCCGAUGUCCACGAUGCCGCACCAUCCUAUUCCUCAGGCAUUUCCAGUGCUUCAAGUGCGAGACGAAUCUCCUCCGCCUCCUCCACCGCCGCCGCAUCGGGUAGCUGUCAGUAGUCAUUCUCAUAGUAAGAGCAUAGGACCGCCUUCCCAGCUUGAUAUGAAUGACCGUUAUGCUGUAUUUGCGAAGACUCCUUCACCUGUUGGCCAUUCGCCUAUUCCUUUACCUGGACCCUCGCCCCAUCUUUCACCUGGUCAUUCUCCCGGUCAUUCGCCCGCAGGGCACUCGUCAGUCGGCCAUGGCAACACUCCGUCUCCCUUGCGGGAUGCUAUGGAGGAUGUCAUGACAUCUCUACAAGACAUGGGACUUCCCCGAGGAGCCCCAUCUCCGUCCCCAACACCUCAGUUCUCGAACCCCUGGUCCCCUGAUGCAUACGAGAGCAUUACAGUGCCCAGUCCUCGACCUGGCCGCGUUCGAGCUAAUACUUCCUUGGGUCUAGGCGCCAGCCAUGAACAGGAGCCCGACGAUGACGACGGUCGCUACGAUGACCAGCAAUAUCAACCAUAUCAAUACCCAAAUAGUCCUCCCCAGUUUAAUAACUAUGUGCAGAGGAUGGAAAGUCGAUUAAGGCAACUCCAUGAACAGGGUGCGCCAGAUUCGGAUCAACUGCCCCAGGAGGACGAAGAAGAUAUCGGUCCGCCACCUCCACCAAAACAAACAGCAUUUCAUACCCGGCACGACUCCAUUCCCACUUCCCGUCCUCAAUUUCUGAGAGGUCGAAAAUCUGCGGCAGAAUUAGGCAAGCAAUUUCUAAAUCGCACAAUGACGAAUAAAUCUAGCGCGACAAACUCAUCUAGUGGCGUCCAAAGUGUCAGCACCAAUGGAACUAUAAGUACCAACACUAGUGCCAGCUUAAUGAGCGGUACUUCAGCGGGUGCAUUCAGUGCAACAAGCGCAGGGAGCUUUGCCAGGCGUACAAAAUGGAGCAGUAUUUCGGCCGAACGCCCAACGACAGCGAUGGAUAGCCUACAGAAGAGCGCUUUUGCUGACCUAGAAAGACCGCAGACACCAUUGAGCGGCAUCUCGUAUCAUUCCAGUCACAACACCUCAAGACAAGGAGCGCAAUCAGCUGUGCCGUGGUCACCAAGCAAAGAUGUGAAUGACUCUCCAGGCGUCUUUGGGGGGUUCUCUACGCCUAAAGCCAAGAAAACUGGGUUCCUCAAAAGAUUUCUAGACUCAGCCAAAACAGGUGCCGCCAACGCAAGAAGUAGCAUCCAUGUUCCUAAUAAUGGAGGAUCGCCAUCACCUACGAAGCACAGACUCACUCAGUCGUUUGGCUUCUCGCAGAACUCGGAAAGUGACAUUUCUCGAGACUUCGGUCCUGGGAUUAGUGACUCAGUUGAUUGGGUCCAGGUACGACGAGACGUCAAUCGGGCAAGUACCCCAAGCCGAAACGAACGCAUCGAACGUGCCGAGCGAUGUCAAAUGAUGGAUCAUCAGGUAAUCUACGCUGUGGAAGAACUCCAAGAAACGGCUGAAGGAGAUGAGAGCAUCGAUGGACUUCCUCUAAGUGAUCCGACGAAUUGGGGGGCACUUAACCUAGGUCUCGUUGACAAAAGCGCACGUUUUAUCAGCAACCUACCGCCUAUGACCACCGCAGCAAGUUUGGCCCAAGGAUAUGUCUGCAGACCUUAUAAGAGUGAUGUGCAGCGUCUAAGGUCGAUCUUCAUAUGGGUGAGCGAAAAGAUUGCUUGGGAUGAGCCUGCGGAUCAGGACGAAGUGGAUAUCAGAAGAGUGAUAAAUAUGAAACGCGGAAGUCCUCAAGAGGUGGCCUAUUUGGUCAAGGAAAUGUGCGCCGCAGUAGGUCUUCAUGCCGACGUGGUCAGAGGCUACCUCAAGGCCCCGGGAGAGCUACUUGAACUAGGCGCGUUGUCACGACCAAACCACUGGUGGAAUGUGGUCUUGAUUGACGGAGAGUGGAGGAUUAUGGAUUGCUCCCUGGCAAGUCCGACAAAUCCUCGGCGCCACCAAUUGGUGACAGGCAAUUCGCAGCAUGCCGAAACCUGGUACUUCCUUGCUCGCCCACUUGAGAUCUGCUACACGCAUAUACCCCUGGAGCCUGAGGAGCAACACAUUUGCCCUCCCAUCUCUCCUGAUGUGCUGUUGGCUCUUCCAGCUGCCAGUCCAACCUUUUUCAAGAAUUCAAUGCAAAUGCCCGAUUACGAUACAAGCUUCGUUCGCAUUGAAGGUUUAGAAGUCAUGCAGCUCCGCAUAUUGGUCCCUCCCGACGUGGAAUGUGCUGCUGAAGUUGAGGCACCGUCUUUUAGUCGCGAUGCUGACGGGGAUUGGUUUGAAAGCGGCGAUAUGGUACGCAAACGUGCCCUAGCUCAACCCGACUGGAUUCAGGGCCAAAAACGCUUCACUAUCAAAGCCCUUUUACCUAGUGAUGAGGGGCAAGGUGUACUCAAAAUCUACGCCGGUAGGAAAGGAUUAAUGCACUCGAGUAAAGAUAUUCCGCAUCCCCUUGCAGUUGCCUUGCCGAUUCUUCAUGCUGGAGAAAAUCCCCCAUACGACUUUUUGGUUCGACAUCCAACUCCGCAUGCACAGCGCCAUGAUAUCUAUGUCAUCCAACCUCAAUGUGGGAAACUGGCAAUCAACAACACCUUCGUUUUUGCCGUCCGUCAACACCCUGCUACACCAUUUUCAAAAUCAAGUAGCGGCGACAUAUCAGCCGGCCGUUCGUCUCCACUCAUGAUGCGCCCAUCUAGUGCUAUGAGUAUGGUGUCCAGUACUUACGGGGGCUCUGUAGCAUCCACCACGUCACUUGAUGCGUUCACGGCCAACACGUCAGUUGUCUCGUCAACCAAGACGGGCACCACUCGCGAUAAACCUGCAAAGCUGGCAAUUCAGUCUCCGUCAGGAAAGAUACUGCGUCUGAUGCGCAAGGCGGAUCAUACGGUUAGCACAAGCAGCAAUCCUGAUUCUUUGAUGGAUGGGACUCCGGAUGGAAGUGUGUGGGAAACUGUUAUCAAGAUCGGCGAACGAGGUGUUUGGCGAGGCCUCGUCCUAGCCGAUCGUAGUGCGCGCUGGUGUGUUUUUUGCGAGUGGGAAUGUCACUAG